UGAUCUAUUAAUUUACACGGUUUUGCAUUGUAUCCAUACCAUAUUCAUAAUAUUAUCAUUGGUGUACAUAUAUCAUAAUACAUUUGGUGUCAUUAUAGUUGCCCCGAAAUUCAAUUCAAGUGGACAGAAUCACAACUUCUAUAGCAGGCUGCAUGAACAAGUGACCAUACAGAUUCCGUUCUACAGCAACCCUCCUGUUACAUCUACUGAUGACCUAGAAUGGACAAAGGUGUCCUCUGGUGCUCGGAUUGUCCCAUCUUUAAACAUCACCUUCGGACUUACUAAGGAUGAGCUCAUCGACUUGUCAAUCAAGGGAAGGACUGUGCCAUUCUCCGGUCAGGCGGCUGUUAUGACUCUGCUAUCAUUUGACCAGUCAUUAGCCGGGGACUACACCGUUACUGUUUACAACGACGGUAGAAGUCGACACUCUACUACAACCUUUUCUAUAGCUCCAUCUGGCCCUCCUGAAAUGCCUUCAAAUUUUCAAGAGAUAGAAACCACUGCAACGAGUAUUACUGUACAAUGGACUAAAGGUUUCAAUGGCGGCCGCUCCCAGACAUUUGUUAUUCUGUAUAGACCUGAGGGAGGAACCAGGACAGAAACAGUAUCAGUGAGGGAACGACAACAGUCAACAUACACCAAGGAAUUAACGGGUCGGAAUCCUAACACCAGAUACCAACUCAACAUGUACGCUUAUAACGAAGAGGGGAACAGCUCACUCAGCAGUGUGGUGGAUAUAAUCAGUAAAACCAACCAAGAAUCUUCAUGUACGUAUCAGGACGAUAAUACAUCGAAUCCCAACACCGCGUCUAUUGCCCUUUUUAUAAUAUCAUCCGUGAUGCUAGCUACAACAGUGUCUUUGAUCCUGUGGAUUAUUUGUAGACGAAAAUUAAGGCAGACGACAGGUACAGACAAAAAUGACAAGGCUAAAUCAGGUGUAAACCUGUCUCAGUCUCCAUUAGGACAACAUGACAAUCCAACUGAGAGGUCACAUUAUGACGAUCUAAACCUUGAAGAACGAGAGCCACCGUCGAACUAUGAGUGCCUUGGUAAUAAUGCUGCAGCCAAUGCGAAUGCAGAAGUUUCCACUGACGACAGACAAAUGUAUGAAUCCCUUGGCACAAGAACUAAUGCCGGCGUGUAUGAUGAACUCAAAGGACCAGCAAGCCGCACGUACGAAAAUACGGUUAUCAGAUGAAGAGACAAAGGAGACAACAUGCGACAAUUCUACGUUCACUACUUGUGUUAACUAAGCAGAUGCCAAACCGUUGUACAUACAAUGUAUCUGAUAUGUACUCGAUGAAGCUUAUUCAUAUGCCUGGAUAUUUUGAAGGACAGUGUUAUCAUUUGUAUUGGUUGGUUUGUUCGUUUAGCGUCCUAUUAACAGCCAGGGUCAUUUAAGGACGUGGCAGGUUUUGGAGGUGGAGGAAAGCAGGAGCACCCGGAGGAAAACUACCGGCCUACGAUCAGUACCUGGCAACUGCCCCAUGUAGGUUUCGAACUUGCAACCGAGAAGUGGAGGCUUAGUGAUAAAGUGUCGGGACACCUUAACAACUCGGUCACCGUGGCUCCUACACGGUUAUCAAGUGAUUUGUAUUACUCAAUGAUAAUUCUGUUUAUAUAAACAUUCUUGGAAUAUCUUUUCUGUUUAAUACAGCUUUGAUCUAUAAAUGUAUAUCCAUAAGUCAACGUCAUGACACAAUAUGUAUGCAUCAAUAUAUAUUGAUGAGCAA